UAGAAAUUAUAAUAUAUAAUGUAAAAUAUGUAUUGUGCCUCUUGAAGAAUACGAUUGCGAAUUGUAUGCUAAAAAAUUUUCCUUUUUUUCAUUAGAAAUUUGUCUCAUUUGUCUUUUCAGUAUAAUUGUACAUGCUUUAUAAUCAUUUUAUUAUUUUCACUAGUUUUCUCAUCGAAUUGUAACUGGACGGCACAAUCGUUCACGCCAAAUUACGUAAGCGAAAGCAAAAGUAGUUUAGGUAAUCGGCCGAUUGUUUCGAUCACUCUGAUUGGAGUGCGUUACGGUUGAUGAUUCUUUGAAUUUUUCUGACAAAAGAACAGAAAUUUAUGCUUUGGUAGGGAACAUUUGUCGUUUACCACAAGUCAAUAUAAAGCAUUUUACACGAAGGCACGAUCAUUCGCUGACAAAGUGAUGCUGCUUGUGGAUAUUCUAUUGAAAUUAUAAAUUUAUUCGUGCAAAUUUUGAUAAGGAACAAUCGAUAAUCUUCGACAAUGACUCGUUGCAAGAUACAUCUAAUUAUAUCGGCUCUAAUUACAUGUCUCGUAAAUGCGAAUUACGCGUAUGAGCAUUUGAAGAGUUUGAGCUAUUUGAUUGACGUACCGCAAAUAUCUAGUAAGCAUGACAUUUAUGAGAGCGCUUCUUCCGAAACACUGCCUCAUUAUCAUUUUUAUGAAUCGAAUCAAAAUCGAUAUAGAGACCAUUUCGAAAGUCCAUCCGAGUAUUUUCCAACUAGCGUGAAGAAAAAAUUAUUUGAAAAAAAGAACUUGAAAAAAACGAAAAUUCCAUUUUUAACGAGCAACAAGGAUUAUACCGCAAAGUACAAGGAGUUACUUCUGGAUUCGGAAAAUGUUCACUGCCAAGAGAUUAAGGUAAAAUCGAGGAAAGAGGAUGAGAUACCUAAAGACGUUACGACUUGCUAUAAAUGCGAGGAUCCCAAAACUAAAUCCGUAUACAAACGUUGUUUAUAUAAUAUUCCUCUGAAAGAGGGUACAUCCGACAGUACGAAGAUGGAACGUUCUUCGUCUACCCCCGUCAACCUUAGAUAUCGAAGGUCCAACGAGGAGAAUGACAAAUUUGGUUACAAAACGAGGCGGAAUCCUUAUCGAUUCACCGACGAAUAUUUUACCGAUGCCACGUACAAUGUGCCGGCCGCUUACGAAAGCAAGGGAGAGAGAUGCAACAAGAUUGUGAAAAAUUCCAUGAUAUGCAUGGUUUGUCAAGAUGCUAAAACCAACGGCAAAUACGAGCAAUGUUCGUACGUAAAACAGCCGCGUGAGAAAGCAUACGCCUAUACCAAAUCGGGCAUUUUUGAAAAGCCUCAGGAGCAAAGAAACGAUAGCGCGGAACAUCUCGACGAUGAAUCGAAUCCUUAUCCCGAAUCCUCUGACUUAAAAAAAUCCAAUCCUGAGAAAAAGGACUGGAAUCCCAUUGACACGAAGGAGUCUCGCGAACAUUCCUAUUCUAACGAGCCUAGAGAGGUUCGUACUCAGAGAGGUUUAAUAACAAACCAAAAAGACAAAAUACAGGAUGCAUCUUCGGUAACUUGCAAACAGGUACAAAAGGACUCGAAAACCUGCACGGUAUGCAAAGAUCCCAAGAUUGGUGGUGUUUAUGAGAAGUGCACUUACAACUAUCAGCCUAGCGAUAAGCUGUAUAAAUACAGUAGAUCAAAAAGCUUCGGGUAUCCGGAUAAAAUCUCUACCACAGAUUCUCGUGAUUUAAACAAAACUCAAGCUUCGGAAACAUCCAAGAGAUUCGAUUCGCCGCAAAGUUCCGAUUCUACGCCCAAUUUGGAUAGAUCCACUUAUCCAUGGGAAUCCGAGAGAAUUGUUGAAUCUCAACAAGAUGCGAGCGAUUACGAUAGUACAUUGCGCGAUUACUCGCCUAAUUACAACAGCGAUUACUCCAAAGGAUCGAGCGAUUACCAGCCCUCGGCUACGGAUAAAGACGAUACCGAAUCUUACGAGGACCAAACGACACCAUCUUCGAAAUCCAUCUCGGAGCGUUAUUCCGAAAAUAUUGACAAAGGUCAUUGUAAAAAGAUUCAGAAAGACUCGAUGACGUGCACAAUUUGCAAGGAUCCGAAAACGGGCAACGAUUUUGAACAGUGUUCGUACUCGUAUCAACCGAAUGACAAGAUCUUCUCUUACAGCAAAUCCAGCUCAUUUGGCAAUUCACAGGAGAGUGAUCGGCAAAAGCCGUACGAGAACGAGGAAUCGCCGGACAGUUCAUCGCCAGAGAUUGCGAGAGAUUCUUACAGCGUCCCGGAAGAAAGUUACGAAGCUUCAACGACGGACGAAGCAAAGGAUGAUUCCGUGGAGGAAAAGAAGGAAGAAGUGGACGUCGGAUAUUUGGACACAACGAAGAAAAAGGCGGAGAUCGACGAGUUUAUGCAGAACUUUCGGAAAAAGGAUCGCUCGAAAUGUAGGAAGACUAUACGUGAUAAAAUGACUUGCUAUCAGUGCGUGGAUGAGAAGGGCGUUCAAAAGGAGGAAUGCGCGUUUGUCACCGGGCGAGAACCCGAUCAGCUGGCAUUCCGUGAGAUAAAAGAAUUUCAAAUCGAUCCUGCAUCGCACACUCGCGGCCUCAAACAACAGCCAAGCUCGACAAAGACGAGCGCGCGCGCGGCGGAUCCUUUAGAGCCAAAUGCGUCCGCUAGUAAAAAUUCCUAUGUCAAAUUGGAGAGACCGGACAACGAUUAUCCUGACGAGACGCAACAUAUCGCGGAAGAAACUAAAGAGGCCGAACCAUACGAUUACACGUCGGAAACGAGAUCCAGAUACGAUAAGGUCCUCGGAUUGACCCUUCCGGCAUAUAUGUUUGCAACUUCGGAACACGAGGCGGCAUUUGACGAAGUUGUAGCUUCCAGUCACGAUCAGCAUUAAUUUAAGCACUCUUAUCGUCGUGUAUCUUCGGCGCAAACUCUUUUCGGUAUGAGCAUUUUUAUCGCGCUAUUAAGAAUAUCAAGAAUAUAUAUUAGAUGGUAAUUAAUUCCUCUCUCUCUCUCUCUCUCUCUCUCUCUUUAUUUAGUUUGUACAGUUCAUAUUUAGAAUCUAUAGGCGUACUCUCUCAAGGAGCAUAAUUUGAAUGCUUGGACUGAUUGAUUAGUAAAUGUUGUAACUCGUUAAUUCGAUGCGGCGAAAAUUUUUCAGUCUAUCACAUCAUUAUAACUUAUUGAGACGUGCAUAGGAGAUGCGAUCACGAUGACCAUCUCAAAAUACAGAAUAAUUUCAUACGAGGCUCGUUAAACCUUUUGUAAGCUCGUUUCAAGCUCACGCGGUAUAUAUUAUAUAUUUGAAAUUUUAAAUGCAUUGAGAACAUUUGCGUAUAAUGCUUAAAUAUACCAUACUAGGCAUAAAGAGCAAUAUACACAUCAAAGUUUCGAAAAUCGAUAAUUCUUUAUGUGCUUAACGUUCUAUAUGAGCAGGCUUCUGUAUGCGGUUUUAAAAUAUAUAACGAAUACAAAUGUGCAAUAUAAAUAUAUGAAUAAAAUACAACAAUUGUGUGCGUGUGUGGGUGUGCAUAUUAACACGUGCAUGGAUUAACACACAAGCGGAUAAUCUUGCCUCUCGAUCCAUUAUUUCACGAGCAUCAUGUAUAAUAUAAUAGGAAAUAUAUUGUUUCUCAUGUACAUGUUCGGAUCUGAAAAUAAGCAUGAGCUAUUUCGGUAAGCAGCAGCGGGCGCGGAGAACGAUCGGCGCGAUGUGGCGAUCAAAUCGGUAAAGAUGUAAGACUGUGGAGUCCGCGCAUCGUCACAGCGUCAGCUGCGUGGUACAUACGUGGUCUGCAAAGUCACGAGUCGAGUCUGAACACACCGAGCGAAUCGAAGCAACGGUCUCUGUAGUAGCGGCGGACGUGCGCUAGUGUCGGCAUCGGUGCUGUGCUCGGCUCGGCUCGGCUCGGUCCCUUUUAACGUAUCUCUUCUCCCAACUUUUGAGAGCUUAAGGUGGAAAAUCGAUUUCUAUCGGCUA